AUGAGGGAGUGGGACCAGCUUCAGCUGGAUACAGAUGGCAUCCUCAUCAGGAAGACUCAGUCACGUAAGCAGGUAGUCCUCCCACAGAAGUACAGGGCCAGGGUUCUCAAGGAACUACACGAUGAGAUGGGACACCUUGGCGCAGAAUGGGUCGUUAACCUAGCAAGGGAUUGCUUCUUUUGGCCGCACAUGGCUCGAGACAUCGAGACAUAUGUGACCAAAGAAUGCAGAUGUCUUAAAAACAAACGUCCCAACAUUCCAACCAGAGCCCCACUGUCUAGCAUCACCACCACCGAACCCUUCGAGCUAAUUUCUAUCGAUUUUCUGCAUCUGGAGAAGUGCAAGGGAGGAUACCAAUACAUUCUAGUGAUCAUGGACCACUUCACCCGAUUUGCACAAUGCUACCCGACGACAAACAAAUCUGGCAAGACAGUGGCCCAGAAGAUACACCACGAUCAGGGUGGGGAAUUUGAGAAUCACCUGUUUCGUGAGCUAGAACAGUGCAGCGGCGUUGGCCACUCCAGAACAACGCCCUAUCACCUACAGGGGAACGGCCAGGUGGAGAGAUUCAACCGGACUCUACUUCAGAUGCUGAUGAGAACCUUAACAGAUGAAGAAAAGGCUCGUUGGAAGGACUCCCUGAACAAGAAAAAGCUUCAGGAGGCCAAUGCAAUCGUGAGAGGGAGAGCAGAGAAAGCCGGAACACGGGCCAGAGGUUAUUACGACAGGAAGGCAAACUCCAGUUGUCUUAAGGCAGGUGACCGUGUUCUCGUUCGACGUUUGGCGCUCCCUGGAGGUCCCGGUAAGCUGGAAUCUUAUUGGGAAAAGCAGAUCCAUGUGGUCAUCCAGAAGAAAGGUGACAUGCCGGUGUACGAUGUACAACCAGAAGACAACUCUGGUAGAGUUCGUACUCUUCAUCGGAACCAUCUCCUUCCAUGCGAGUGUCUAGCUCCAGACAAACCGGAACCACAGAUAGAACGCAAAAAACCACGCAAGGUGACUCGCUCCCAUCCCAAGCCUCAGUAUCUAGCCCAAUCCAGUGACGACAUUUCAGCAGAAGAGAACGUCACGUGGAUGGGUUCCAAGGGAACAGAUGAACUGACGUCAGAUCGACCCACUCACCUUCCAACCUAA